AUGGCAAGCUUAGAAGACCUUAUACCCACUGUAAAUAAAUUACAAGAUGUAAUGUAUGCUUCAGGUAUAGAUACACUGGAUUUACCGGUAUUGGCCGUCGUCGGAUCUCAGUCCUCAGGGAAAUCUUCUAUCUUAGAGACACUGGUCGGAAGAGAUUUCUUACCUAGAGGUACAGGUAUUGUCACCAGAAGACCGUUAGUACUACAGCUAAAUAAUAUUAAAAGAAAGAUUGACGAUGAUGCUGAUCAUGAUGCCGAUGUCGAUGCUGGACCUCGUUACGAAGAAGAAUGGGGGGAGUUUUUACAUUUACCUGGGAAGAAAUUUCAUGAUUUUGAUGAAAUUAGACACGAAAUUGAACAUGAAACUGCAAGAAUUGCAGGUAAAAAUAAAGGUAUUAGUAAAUUACCAAUUAAUUUAAAAGUCUUUUCUCCACAUGUUUUAAAUUUAACCUUAGUAGAUUUACCUGGGAUUACAAAAGUUCCUAUUGGGGAACAACCAAUCGAUAUUGAAAAACAAAUUAAAAAUUUGAUCUUAGAUUAUAUUGCAACACCAAAUUGUUUAAUCUUAGCUGUUUCACCUGCAAACGUGGAUUUAGUCAAUUCAGAAUCUUUGAAAUUAGCUAAAGAAGUAGACCCAUAUGGGAAGAGAACUAUCGGUGUUAUCACUAAAUUGGAUUUAAUGGAUUCAGGAACUAAUGCAAUGGAUAUUUUAUUAGGGAAAGUUUACCCAUUAGAACUGGGAUUUGUUGGGAUUGUUAAUAGAUCUCAACAAGAUAUUCAAUUAAAUAUAUCUGUGAAACAAGCUUUGGAAAAUGAAGAUCAUUAUUUUGCAAGACAUCCAGUGUAUAGAACAAUUGCUAAUAGAUGUGGGACUAGAUAUUUAGCUAAAUUGUUAAAUAAAACUUUGAUGUCUCAUAUUCGUGAUAAAUUACCUGAUAUUAAAACAAAAUUAAAUAUGUUAAUUAAUCAAACUGAAAAAGAUUUAUUAUCAUUUGGUACCAUGGGAUUAAUCGAUAAAAAAGAAAGUAAAGCAGGUUUGAUUUUACAAUUGAUGAAUAAAUUCGCUACAAAUUUUAUAUCUUCAAUUGAUGGGAAUUCAUCAAAUAUUAAUACAAAGGAAUUAUGUGGUGGUGCUAGAAUUUAUUAUAUUUAUAACGACAUAUAUGGGAAAACCCUUAAAACUAUUGAUCCAACAACAAAUUUGACCUCUGAUGAUAUUAGAACUGCAAUUAGAAACUCCACAGGCCCUCGUGCCACAUUAUUUGUUCCAGAACUAGCAUUUGAUUUAUUGAUUAAACCUCAAAUUAAAUUGCUAUUAGAACCAUCACAACAUUGUGUAGAAUUGGUCUUUGAUGAAUUAAUGAAAAUUUGUCAAUCCUCAAGUACAAAUGAAUUGGCAAGAUAUCCAAAUUUAAAAGGUACAUUGAUUGAUGUUAUUAGUGAUCUAUUGAGAGAAAGAUUGACCCCAACUCACUCUUAUGUAGAAAGUUUAAUUGAUAUCCAAACUGCCUAUAUCAACACAAAUCAUCCAAGGUUUUUAAGCGCUACUGAAGUGAUGGCUGAUAUCAUGCAUAUUCGUGAUAGAAGAAAUCUACCUUAUGGAAAUAUUUCACAACAACAACAACAACAACAAAUGUUUAAUUAUAAUGGUGAUGAAACAAUUAGCAAUAUUAACCCAAGUGGGACCUCCCAAGAGACUGACGAUAUUGAUGAAGCUAGUAUUGCAUCUCCUCAGGAAUCAAAUAGUGGUAACCAUAAUAAUCCUACAAGAAUUGCUGAAACCAUUUUAAAUGGUGCCAACAAUAUCAAUAUACAAGAUAAUAAAAAUAAAUUACCAGGGAUAAGUCAAUCGGAGAUUUUCCCAAAUUCUAACGCUGGUAAAUCAAAUGGAUCUAAUGGUAUGUUUGCUAACUCUACAUCUUCUUUGAAUAGCCAAGCUGAUGGUAAGGAUUCCUUCUUGAAUUACUUCUUCGGCAAAGAAAAGGGAAACAUGAACCAACAAACUGGACAGCAGCAACAACAACGCCAACAACAAGCUGGUCAAAGAAUGAUGAAUGGAAUGAACAGGGUUAAUGAUAUCAAUGCUACCAUGUUUAAUGGAUUACGUCUAAGUGAUAAUAACUAUCCAGAUUCAGGUAUGACAUUCAAUAAUGAUAACAACAACAGCGAAGGAUUAACAGAACGUGAACAAUUGGAAUGCGAAUUGAUAAGAAGAUUGAUUAUUUCAUAUUUUAAUAUUGUUAGAGAAAUGAUCGAAGAUCAAGUCCCAAAGGCUAUUAUGUGCUUAUUGGUCAACUUCUCAAAGGAGAACGUCCAAAACAGGUUGGUUACAGAAUUAUAUAAGGAGUCAAUGAUAGAUAAUCUGCUGCAAGAAGAUGAAACAUUGGUCCAAGAGAGAAUUAACUGUGAAAAAUUAUUAGACACUUAUAAAAAGGCCAAUUCUCUCGUCCAUAAUAUUCUAUAG